CAAUUCUCCUGUAAAUAAACGAAUGACAGAGACGCUGGUGAUAUUGAAAUUGCUACCACAAUAUUUAAACAAUACGGAAUCGGAAUUGCUCGACUGUCUAUUAAGGCUCUUGUGGCUAGGUUGAUGUCAUUCCCACCAGCCAGUUUGCUGCCAGUAUCGAGAGUCAGACUGUAUCGUGCCACACUAGUAGCUUGUGGCCAAUGCCACAGGCUCGACCUGCCGAGAGAAGUGGACUGUCGACCUAGAAAAGAGCUGGCAAGUUGGCCUGAACAGAGCUCUCCUGUCCCCUCGUGGCUGUUGGACUGAAGAGGGAGUGCCUGCCGAGUCACCAGUAGUGAAAGUUGUCAUGGCGGAGUUAAAUAAAGAGGUGGUGGAUUUGGUUUGGGGGAGACCCUCCAGUGGAGCUGUGUCUCCCUCCAUCUUCCGUAGAUGGACACAAGGAUUUGUUUUUAGUGAGAAUGAGCAAACAGCAUUGGAGCAGUUUGAAGGAGGGCCAUGUGCUGUCAUUGCACCUGUCCAGGCUUUCCUCUUAAAGAACAUUCUCUUCAGCAGAGAAUGUUCCAACUGGAGACAGAUGUCAGAGGAGGAACAGAAAACUGCACUGUGUUCCACUCUGAGUGAAAUCCUGGAGUCUGCCUGCUCUAGCCCCUCCACAGGGUUCUGCCUGGUGACCUGGGCCAAGGGACAGAGCCCACAUACUAGCACACAUACUAACACACAGACACAGUCACACUCGCAAACGCAGGACAUGCCGGAGAGCAGCCAGCCGCCACAAGAACAGCAACCCACUGCUUUGGCUGCUGAAGACCUUGGCUUUGAGCGAUUUCACAGUGUUCUCCAUAAGCGGACUGUAAUGUCAGUGUCUGGCCUCAGAGAGGAGGUGCUGUCUCUCUACCACACCUGGAGGGGGUGCUGUGGAGUCUUGCUUUUGCUCUACUCUGUCAUCCUCACCAAGGGCAUAGAGAAUAUAAGAAAUGAGAUCCAGGACACAAUGGAACCUCUCAUAGACCCUGUGCAUGGCCACGGCAGUCAGAGCCUGGUGAACCUCCUUGUAACUGGCCACGCUGUCUCCAAUGUCUGGGAUGGAGACAGGGAGUGCUCUGGCAUGAAGCUGCAUGGUAUUCAUAAACAGGCAUCCGUUGGCUUCCUCACGCUUAUGGAAUCACUACGCUACUGCAAGGUCGGGGCAUUCCUGAAGUCUCCAAAGUUCCCUAUUUGGAUCCUUGGCAGUGAAACUCACCUCUCUGUGUUUUUCACCAAGGAGAUGUCCCUGGUAGGCCCAGAGUCUCCGUCAGAACAGGCAAGGAGGGUCUUCCAGUCAUUUGAUCCUGAAGAUAAUGGCUUCAUCCCAGAGUCUCUGCUGGAGGAUGUGAUGAAAGCCCUUGACCUUGUCUCAGAGCCUGAGUAUGUCAGUCUGGUGAAGAGUAAGCUGGAUCCGGAGAGUUUGGGCAUAAUCCUUCUGGGGCCAUUUCUGUUGGAGUUUUUCCCUGAUCAGGAUUCAGGAAUUCCAGACUCAUUUCCCAUCUACCACUACAAUGGACUUAAACAGUCUAACCACAACGAGAGGGUGGAAUAUGUGGAAGGGACGGCUUUGGUGCUGGGUUUUGAGGACCCCAUGGUUCGGACAGACGACACUCCAGUCAAGCGUUGCCUACAGACCAGGUGGCCCUACAUCGAGCUGCUGUGGACCACCGACCGCUCCCCAUCACUAAACUAGCACUGACACAGUCUGUGCGUGUGUGCGUGUGUGGAUGCACUACUACUGCUCCACACACGCACACACCCCUCUCUCCAGCUUCACCUCUGCACGCUGACCCUUGAAACGUCAGCAGAUUACAACGACUGACACACGUAUAAGACACAGACGAAUGAGAAAAACACAAAUGCACACAGGAGACGAAGACGUUCAUGGACUAAACAAACCUGCUUGAGAUCCAUUUUGUCAUUGUCACUCGCACAUUCCACAAAAAUGCAAACUCACCUUUUACAAUUCAUGCUAUUGUCUGUUCACCAUGGCUUGUAAUUGACACAAAGGAUGUUGAUGUGAUUAUUUUUUAAAAAUUGAAUGACUGUUUAUUUUUACAGCUCUGCUCUGUGCCGACACCUCUGCUACAGUUAAGCAGUAGACAGUUUAACCUGUUUAACCACAUGUACAGCCAGUUGACUGUGAAACACUACUGUUAAUCCAGCUAUAGGACUGUUUGAGGAAAAAACCUACCAAAGCCUUCCACAUAUGAGGACACAUACACACACACACACACACACACACACCCCACUGCUAAGCGUUUACAGUGUAAAGGGGACCAACCCAAACACAGAGAGCUGGAGAUCUGAACAGGAGGCUUCUUCAGUGUUUCCAAGAUGAAGCUGGUUUCGGUGCUUCGUGUGUUGGUGUGUGUGUGUGUGUGUGUUUGUCUGCGCAUGCGUGUGUGUGCUUCAUGCACCACACUAGGAUGUUGGCCAAGUGCUCAUGUAUUUAUUAUCACACUCAAAGGUUCUGGAAUAAACACUUUUUUGUUCAAAUGCCAUGUGG